AAAACUUAGUAUUGUUAUAAUAGUUUUAGUUUUCAAUUUUAUUCAAAUACAGCGAUAAUCAAUCCAAAAAUGUAUUUUUACAUUUUCUUUGUUGUUUAUCUAGCAAAUAAUUUUUCAAAUGGACUUAUUUUCAAGACCAAUCCUUUGGAUAAGAAUAAAGAAUUAUUUAAGUCAGCAUUGCCUGGUUUGAAGAAUUAUUUUAAUAGUAAUAUAAUAGAUAAAAAUGGUAUGAAACUUGAAGAAUUGGCAGAAAUACUGAUGGGAUUUAAUUUUAUACAAAAAAUACCUCAUGAAAUUGUCAAAGAAUCAUUCGUUGAAAUAGUUGGAGACAAAGACGGAUUAAUGAAUUUCGAUCAAUUUAAAAUGCUAGCGACGAUUUUGAUCCGUCGUUAUGAAAAAUGCAUUGAACAUCAGUUUAAUGCGUUUUCGAACAAAACAGAUAAGAUGACUUUAGAGAAAUUAGUAAAAGCUCUUGAAAUUUUUAACAUCGUAUACACUGAAAAAAGUCUUAUUAUAUUAAUGAAUCAUUUUGAAGGUAGAGGCGCACAAUUUAUCAGUAUGAAAGCAUUCAGAAAUAUAUUCGGGUAUCUGUUCUAUAAAAAGAUCGACGCCACAAAAGAUGGGAAUUUAGAUGAUAUUUCUAUAUUGCAUUGAUUUAUUUAUUGUCUGUAUAAAUUGAUUUACAUAAAUCACUGUUAAAACUGUAUUGAUAAUAAAUUGAAUUAGUUUGCGAGAUA